AUGGCGCCUUUCGGAGAUGUGGCCAUGCGGAAGAUGGAGUCCAUGUGCCGUUUGGAGAACCGCAGCCGAGCGGCGCUUUUGUCCCAGAUCGUGCGUGUGCGCUAUGAGGCGGCCAGGGAAUGGCGAGCUGGCGCCAUCGGAAAGCUUUUCUCCUCCAGGUCGUCUCCCUCUCGAACGCCGCUGAAGGUGCUUUCCUCGAGGGUCCUGUCGCUCUCUGGGGCUAUCUGCUCUGAGACGCAGCUGCAGUUGCAGUGGAGCCUCCGCGGCGGUCUCUCACAGACGGUGGAUCUGACACUCUUGCGAGGGCUCCUGUCUGCCGUGGAAGUUCAAGGAAUCCUGGAUCUCACCCCAUCAGAGUUCGACCUCGAUCGAGCUGACGUCGAGCUGGUCCCAAAGAGGUGGAUCAUGCUGGAGAGGGCUGGCAAAGCUUUGCCUGACAGGCAGCUGCUGGCUUCACACACGCAGGCGCUGCAAGGUCGCUUGCUGCCCUACCUCCGGCAACACCUCGCGUGCCCGGCGUGUGUGGUUUGCUCUUCCAUUCUUCGGCGCUAUUCUACGGCGCUCGGGGAAAGGCACCGCGACCCCCCCCACACCGACGGACAGGCCUUUGCGACAGUUGUGAUUGCACUAAACAGUGCCGGCGUCGACUACCAGGGCGGCCUCUACCUGGUCUCGGACCCCUCCAGGCCGCUGACCGUCUCCCUGGCGGCGGGGGAUGCGGUGAUCCACCGCUGGGAUCUUCAGCAUGGCGUCGAGGUCACGGAGGGCCAGCGAUUGAGUUGGAUUCUUUGGCUACAGGAUGCCAGCCCCUGCGUGAGCCAAGUGGAGCUGCACCAAAGGCCAUUCCUCAGAGUGGCCGCGCAGGCCGGAAAUGUGGUGGCCAUGCAAAUCCUGGGAACAGGUGAGAAUGGCCGCAGCGACGAGGGCAGGGCCUGUCUGCGGCAGGCUGCAGAGGCCGGGCUGGCUGGCGCUCAGGCUCACUUGGCCAAGCGCCUGCAAGAGGAAGGCGAGGAGGCGGAAGCACUGCGAUGGCUGAGAGAGGCAGCCAAGCAAGCGGAUGCAGGCGCAAUGGCCUCCUUGGGCAUGGCUCUGCUGCAGAAGGAGCCCCUCAAAGCUGAGGAGUGGCUGCGGAAGGCGGCAGCGGCCGGGCAUGCGGUGGCACAGCACGACCUAGGCAUGGCUUUGCUGACUGGGGCCUUUGGCAGGACCGUAGAUGCGGCCUUGUGGUUGGAGCGCGCCGCGCGCCAGGGCCACGCACCGGCCCAGAGCAACUUGGCAGUGUGCUUUGCAGAGGGCCGGGCUUUGAUGCAGUCCUUGCCAGCGGCGCUCUACUGGUGGGGCGAGGCGUCCGCGCAGGGCCUCCCAGACGCGCAGCAGAACCUGGAGCGCCCGGAGGUUGCCCCAGAUGCCCGGACGCAGCUCCGGGCCUCGCUUUGCCGCCAGGAGGAUGGGCGGCCGAACUUUUUCUUGCUGUUCCCGCAGAGCCGUCAUCUCUUCGGGCAGACCCACUUCGCCACACUGGAGUCGGUCUUGCUGCCCGGCGCAUGUGGGGUGCGGCCAGAACUGGAGUUCCUGUUCAACAGGUUCCAUCACCCAGCCGCGAAUGUGCUGGUCCUGGGCUUCGACCUGCCCGAGGAUCUCUUUGAUGCCUACCUCUUGGAAGGCUAUUGCGUGACCUUCCAGCCCAUCAGCUCUCCGGGCCUCUCCGGGGACCUGGUGGCCGCUGUUGGCGACGCGGCUGCGCCCUUCCUGGCGCCCCGGAAAGGUCUCCAUGAAUUUGAGGCAAGAUAUGGCCAGCCACAGACGGAGGCUGACCUGGCGCGCCUGCUGAACGCGAUCCUCCUCUCCCAACAGGUUGUGCCCAUGACAAUGCGUAAGGUCCUGCAUGGUGGCACCAGCCUUCCGAUGGACUCGGAGCUGCAAAUGGGAGAUGGGCUGCUUCUGAACCCUUGGGACUUGGCACUGCCUCCGCAGCUGCUGCUGCAGAGUUCCGCCGUGUUCUUGGAGAAGUUGGAAGGCGUGGAGCUGCCCUGGGCCUUGCAAGUCGAGGACUUCGAGCGUUCUUGGCUCCCCAGGUCUCACGUGGACCGCGCAGACGGUGCCACUUCCGUGUGCCUGGAGGUGAUGUGCCCACGGACCUUACCUCGAGGUAGCAGCUUCGGGCAGCAGAUGCUGCAGUGGACGACAGCCAAUCUGGGCCCAGAGGGUGCGGAUUUGAAUCAAGCUGCAACCAUGCUCUACCGCUUGUACGUCCAGCAGAGACCUGCACGAACGCCUUUUCAGGCGGGCGAGGUGAUCUUCAACCACGAGCUAGUGUUGCUGCCCUACUGGGUGCAAAUGCAGCCGCACUUCUCGGACGGCUGGAAAGACUUUGGCGGCGUGGACGGGGAGCUGACGCAGCACACUGCCCUCCACUGGCCGAGGCAUUCACGAGCUGCGGCAGAUUGGUCGCUUGUGUCAACUGCCAGGCUCUGGUUGCCGCUGAGCUUCGGGCCACCUUCGAGCCGCCAGGCGAUGCCACAGAGCGUCAUAGACCUGGCGUUGAGAUACUUCACUCUCGAUCUGGCGCCUUGGCCCUUCAGGAAGAAGGGCUUCAGAAACGGAAGGAAGAAGCGCCCGAGCCGCGCCAAGCGGCUGCGCUCGCCGGCGGACUUCACGGCGGAGAACACGGGCUUCAUCGACGAGGUCAACCGAGCCAAGGGCGUGUCGAGCAUCCGGGAGGGCGGCCUGCCGGGCAGUGUGGGGGGCUUCCGCAGCUUCAAGGAGCUGCGGCUGGUGGGGCACCAGCAACAGGGCCUGCAGUGGCAAGUGGCAGUGGCCGGCCCUGGCCUGAGCUUCUUCUGCCGCCGGGAGCAUCGACGCAGCUCCUGGGGCAGCACGCCGGGUGCUGUGGAAGCCCCCGUUUCCAGCGCGCUGCGCACCUGCGAGGCGGGCCUGCGACCUCCAGGCGAUGCUGUCCAAUUCUGCGGCAGUCCGGCCGAGGUAAACGCAGCUCUUUCCCUGCUGGCUUAUCACCCUGUCGCCAUGCCUUCGGUGGCAAACGUGUCGGAACCCCGGCGCGACGCGCGGAUGUCGGCGGACGAGCUGGAGGCCGCAGCUUGGCAGGCGCACUUCAGCCAAUUGCGCGUGUCUGCGCGGCCGGGCUGCGAAGGCUCAAGCACGGCGGACGAGGUGACAGAAGUUCAAUUUGCUGCGUUGCUGGAUGACGUGGAGGAGCUUGUCACUGUUGUAGCGCACUGCGCGGAGCGCUGCCACCUAUUGGAGCGAUUGGCCGCUUCCUUCCGGGAGGCUUACGCCAAGUUGCCCAUCAUCGCAACUUGCGAAUGCGCCGAGGAUCAAGAAUGUCUCCAGCCAGCUCCUCGAGCUCACGAUACAGUGCCGCACUUCACGGUAGUCUCCGUCCCUUACGACUUCGGCCUGUCACGCGGGAAGACACUGCUGGUGGAGAUGACGCACACGGAGUUUGUGCUGGUGCUGGAUGACGACUUCACGCAUUCCAUGCACUCCUGUUUGGAGUGCAUGUUGUGGAAGAUGCGGAGUCGGCACUACUCGGCCUGGAAGCCCUUCGACGUUUUGGGCUUCCCGGUGCAAGAGGACGAGCGGAUCUUCGGCGCCUUUCGCGGCAGCUUCCGGGUCACCAAUCAGCAGCUCUUCCUUGAGCCCAUGGUGGAGGAGCUCUUGCCUGACGGGUGCAUGCGCGUGGAGAUUUGCCCCAUGGUGUUCCUGGGGAGAACCGCUCGGAUGAGAACCUUCCACUUUCAGAAGGAUCUCCGGGUAGGGGAGCACGAGCAGUUCUUCUACUCCAAUGCCUACAAUGGAGUCCAGGUCGCCGUGUGCUUCGACUCCUCCUUCCCGCACUUCCGAGUGAACACCAUGAGCGCCGGCUACGUGAAGCGACGAGAGAGGAUGCCGGAGCUCAUGGCCAACGCCUUCGAGAAGCUGGGCUUCGAGCGGGCGAUGUUCCUCUUCCGGAAGUACGACCAGGGUCGCAUGGAAGACUACGAUGAGUUGCUGGAGAAGACCGUGCCACCCUGGCACGUGGGCCACGACAGCUGUGGACCUCCCACAUCACCACCAGUGCCCUUCGCGCAGCUGCUUCUGGUCUUGCUUUCCAGCGCAGACGAACGCGGCCGGGCGUUCCGAAGCGUGCUACGGACUGUCGGCUGGCAAAAGCAGUUCCAAGAGCUCGCGGGAGCUGGUGCCCUCAGAUGGGUUUUCGCGGUGCACCCCCGUGCAGACGAGGCGAAGCUUUUCAUCGAGCUGGAGCAGGAGCACAAGGAGCAUCAGGACCUGCUGAUCCUGCCGCCUGCCGAUAGGACGUCAACAUCAGCGGAAGCCACCACUGACCAGAUGAUUCAGGUAUUGGCCCUCCUGCGGGACUUCCAAUUCAGGUGGCUGGUGGUUGCUCGGCAAGAUGUCUUCGUGCGCGCUGGGCGUUUCCUGGAUGAGCUACAGGGCCUAGAGCCGCCGGGCGGCAAGGUCCUAGGCUCCUGGAGUCGCUUGCCAGGCGGCUGGAGGUUGGAUCCUCACUUCUUCGUUCUACCCCGGGACGUCUUUGUUUUGCUUUCGGCGCCUGAGUUGAUCUCGCGCCUGGCGGUGCAAGGCUUCAACCAGGCCUUCGGCGAUUUGUCCAACCUGGAUGCUGGUGUCAGCACCUGGAUGCAUGCCUUCGCCGUGGAGCGUUUGCAGAUGCGAGCAUCGCAGAGGGGGCAAGCGCUGGCGUGCCCAGCUGACACGGUAACUCUGUACCCGAUCAGCCCAGAGGAGCUUGCGGCACUGGGUCGAAGCCCUGCAGCCUUCGGGUGCUGAUGAGCGCACUUGUACAUACUCGCCUUCGUGGCAAAUGGCAUGGCUCCUGCACUCGGCGGU